GGAGCUUCUGAAAUUUGUGGAGAUUUUUCUCUGCAGAUGCAGGAAGAAAACAGGUGGAUGGGUGAAUAAGUAUGACCUUCCUCCUGGUCUCCUUGCUGGCAUUCCUGAGCUUAGGCUCAGGAUGUCAUCAUCGGAUCUGUCACUGCUGGCACAGGGUUUUCCUCUGCCAAGAGAGCAAGGUGACGGAGAUUCCCUCCGACCUUCCCAGGAACGCAGUUGAACUGAGGUUUGUCCUCACCAAACUUCGAGUCAUCCCAAAAGGAGCAUUCUCGGGAUUUGGGGACCUGGAGAAAAUAGAGAUCUCACAGAAUGAUGUCUUGGAAGUAAUAGAGGCAAAUGUGUUCUUCAACCUGUCCAAAUUACAUGAAAUUAGAAUUGAAAAGGCCAACAACCUGCUAUACAUCGACACUGAUGCCUUCCAGAACCUUCCCAACCUCCGAUAUUUGUUAAUAUCCAACACAGGUAUUAAGCACUUGCCAGCUGUUCACAAGAUUCAAUCUCUCCAAAAGGUUCUACUAGACAUUCAAGAUAAUAUAAACAUCCACACAGUCGAAAGAAAUUCUUUCAUGGGGCUGAGUUUUGAAAGUAUGAUUUUAUGGCUGAAUAAGAAUGGCAUUCAAGAAAUACACAACUGUGCAUUCAAUGGAACCCAACUAGAUGAGCUGAAUCUAAGUGAUAACAUUAAUUUGGAAGAAUUGCCUAAUGAUGUUUUCCAGGGAGCCUCUGGACCAGUCAUUCUAGACAUUUCAAGAACCAGGAUCCAUUCCCUGCCUAGCUAUGGCUUAGAAAAUCUUAAGAAGCUUCGGGCCAAGUCAACAUACAACUUGAAAAAGCUUCCCAGUCUGGAUAAGUUUGUCGCACUCAUGGAGGCCAGCCUCACCUACCCUAGCCACUGCUGUGCCUUUGCAAACUGGAGACGGCCAAUGGUCCCUAUUGUAAUUGACCGUCAGGGCCUGUCUGGUACAGCAAAAGAGAGGAACGCCCCUCUCCUAGGAAGAGAUGCCAAAAGAGGGUAUGAUAUUCUAAGGGUCUUGAUAUGGUUUAUUAGCAUCCUGGCCAUCACAGGGAACAUCAUAGUGUUGAUGAUCCUGAUAACCAGCCAAUACAAACUCACAGUUCCCCGGUUCCUUAUGUGCAAUCUAGCCUUUGCUGAUCUCUGCAUUGGAAUCUACCUACUGCUCAUAGCAUCAGUUGAUAUCUACACCAAAAGCCAAUACCACAACUAUGCCAUUGACUGGCAAACUGGAGCAGGCUGUGAUGCUGCUGGCUUUUUCACAGUCUGCAGUGAGCUUUCAGUCUAUACCCUGACAGUCAUAACACUGGAAAGAUGGCAUACCAUCACCCAUGCCAUGCAGCUAGAAUGCAAAGUACAGCUCCGCCAUGCUGCCAUCAUCAUGCUGCUAGGCUGGAUCUUUGCUUUCACGGUCGCCCUCUUUCCCAUCUUUGGCAUCAGCAGCUACAUGAAGGUGAGCAUCUGCCUGCCCAUGGAUAUUGACAGCCCCUUGUCACAGCUCUAUGUUAUGUCCCUUCUUGUGCUCAAUGUCCUGGCCUUUGUGGUUAUCUGUGGCUGCUAUGCUCACAUCUACCUCACAGUGAGAAACCCCAAUAUUGUGUCCUCCUCUAGUGACACCAAGAUCGCCAAGCGCAUGGCUAUGCUCAUCUUCACAGACUUCCUCUGCAUGGCACCCAUCUCCUUCUUUGCCAUCUCUGCCUCCCUCAAGGUGCCCCUCAUCACUGUGUCCAAGUCAAAGAUCCUACUGGUCCUGUUCUACCCCAUCAACUCCUGUGCCAACCCCUUCCUCUAUGCCAUCUUCACUAAGAACUUCCGCAGGGAUUUCUUCAUUUUGAUGAGCAGGUUUGGUUGCUAUGAAAUGCAAGCCCAAACUUAUAGAACAGAAACUUUAUCCACUGCCCACAACUCCCAUCCAAGAAAUGGCCACUGCCCUCCAGCUCUCAGAGUUACCAAUUACACACUUGUCCCUCUAACCCAUUUAGCCCAGAACUAAAACAUUAGGUGCAAAAUGUAUCUCAGUGUCAAAGGAUAACUGAAGUCUCACUUUUGAAGUAUAUGCCAUGGCAUAGCUGGCAGAGUACUCUACAUACUUCAUCCUAUUUAAUCUUCCUAGCACACCUGUAAGGUAAAUUGCUCAGGAACUAUUACUCCAUAUGAUAGAUUAGGAAGCUGAAGUAGUAACAACAUUCAUAAUUAAAACAAUACAUUUGUUUUAUGCUUUAUGAUGUUCACAGUGCUUUUGUUCAGAUCAUCCCAACUGAUCCUUAUAAAAGUCCUAUUAACCAGGAUUAUUCUUGGAGUUUUAUAGACAAGUAAAUCAAGACUCAAAGGAUUAAGUGACUUGUUCCAGAUGGCUUGGCUUAUAAGAAGCAGAGCCACAAUUAGGUGUUCCGAUUCCCAAAAAACUUCCAAGGGAAGCAGCACAAUGUUUAUUCACUCAUUCAUUCACUCAACAAAUAUUUACUGAGUACCUAUUUGAUGGCUUUGUUAUGCGUCAGCUUCAAUAAGGUAAACUACAUUUUCCAGAAUCCCCUAUGUGCUUCUCAUCAUGAUGGGCUACAGAGAAGAUUGUUGGGAAAAGAGAUUAAGGCAAACUCUAGCCAUUUUGUCACUCUUACACUUUGUUGCUGAUCUGCUGAUUCAGCUCACUGCUAUGGAGCAGCCACUGGGCCUGGAAAUGCUCUAUCUUCCCUUGGAUCCUCCAGGCAGUCUGACUCCUGGGCCAGGUACAUGUGCUUCAUUCAAUGAUGAAGAACCUCGGCUGCUGCAAAAUUCUUUUAUGACCAAGGGGAGAGGCAACAAGAUGGAAAUGGGGCUCAGUUUUAUCUCGUGGGGUUCCAUCUCAUGCAGUGGCUUCCAGCAUGCUAGUGGUCUUCCCUUUAUCACUGCCUCUGUUGUGUACUUGAGCUCCAGCAUGAGAUGCAUGCCUGGUUCUGCUUCUUUAGUUAAAGCCUAAUUUGUAGAAGAUAGAGCCUACUAGAUGGCAUGUAUGUAGAUUAUAAUGUUAAGAACCUAGCGGCUUUGGAAUUAGAGCUAAGACUUUAUCAUAAAUCCUCGAUAAGCGAGGACACUAUACUAUCUCUCCAGGCUCAACUUAUUCAUGUUAAUUGGAAUUGGUUAGAAUUCCUAACUAUUGGGCUUAUUGUGAGAAGUAGGAAAAUUUUAAGUGCUUUAGUGUUAUAGUAGGCUUGAUACAUUUUAGUUUACCUUUCUCCCCCUAGACCAAUGCCCAGUCCUCCUGACCCUUGAUCUAGAACUCAUUCCAUUAUACCAUAUUGUUCCUAAUAAGUAACUAUAUUUCCCAUAUUUAUCUUCCUGAAAGACCCAGUCUAGAAAACCUGGACCAUAAAUUCCAACCAUAAAUCUCCACCAAGCACUGUUCCAUAACCACCUCACAAAGCUCUGAGUCUCCUCUCAGAGUAUGCUCUUUCCAUGUUGAAGCCAAUCCUUCCUCCUCUUGCCUUAUGGCAAACAUUUCAUAACUUUGUCCCAAAUGAAUUAACAAGGAAGUUCGUAUAGGGCUGGAAGAAAAAGCAAUCAUUUCUCCCUAUGUGCCCUGGCAUCAUCUUGAUCUGUUGUGAGCAUC